AUGUUGUUUCGGAGGGAAAUCAGAUUAUUCACUUCAUUGUCCCGACUGUUGACUUUUAAACGCUGUUCUUUAUUGAGGACACUAGUGUUAAUCCUGCUGCUUAGUUUAAUUUCUAGCUUGUUUUUUCUGUAUCAUAUCAUGGACUCUGGAAUUCGCACACCGAGAGCAAAUCCACCAGUACCUCACAUAAGAUGUUUAGUUGAGCCUUCAUUAAGAGAUUCUGGAACUGAAUUGCCAACAAAACAUAAGACAGAUGAACGUUUACGUCUAGCUCAUCGAGCAUUGCUAAUCACAGAGGUGCAGAACUCCAAAAAUGGUCAGAAAAUUAGGUAUUUCCUGAGUUCUUUGAGAAUUGAUGUCAAAGUGGAAUUAAAGUCCAGAACAUUGCCAGCACUUUCUAAUAAAAAAUCUGGUCGCUUCGCUGUUAUUGUCUUUGAAAAUUACAAUUCCUACCUGGAAAUGGAUAGUUGGAACAGACAGUUAAUUGAUAAAUAUUGUCAUGACUACCAUGUUGGCAUCAUAGGAUUUGUGAAGCCAUUUGAAGACACUGUAGGGAUGGUUAGACAUGUCGAUGGUUAUCAUAUAACAUUUCAGUACAAUCUAGAACUGGAGGAUUACAAGCCUAAUUUAGACUCAGCUGUUUGGAGGGUUCUGAGGCCAGGUGAUGCUUGGAGAGGUUUUCUCCCUGACAAGUGGACAGUUUUUCAUAGUAACCAUAACACUUAUCAGCCACUAGCAUUUUCAAAACUUUCAUCAAACUUUUUGGAGUUUGACACAGGAGAAGCCAAAGACUUACAGACUUUUAAGUAUGUCACAGCUGUUCUUGAUCUUGGAAAAAUUGAUGGGAUAUCAAAGAUUCUAAUAGGAAAUGAUCUCAGCUUUUGGUUGCAUACAUUAGUGUUGGUAGAUGCUCUUUCUUAUUUAUCAUUUGGGAAGCUGGAGCUACAGCUGGAACGGUACAUACAAGUUGAUGUUGACGACAUCUUUGUUGGAAAAGAAGGCAUCCGGAUGAAAGUUCCUGAUGUUGAAGCAUUAGUCACUGCUCAGGAACGUCUUCAAACUGAAAUAGAGGGAUUCCAGUUUAAUUUAGGCUUUUCAGGUGGAUUCUACCUCUAUGGCACAGAAGAGGAAGAUUCUGGAGAUAGAAAAUUAAUAGAACAUCGUAAAAAAUUCCGCUGGUUCAGCCAUAUGUACAGACACGAACAACCUCAUAAGUUUACUCAGGAUGUCAUAGAGAAGUCAAUGAGGGCUAACAAACAGUUUGCUGAGGAGCAUGAUAUUCAGGUGUAUAGCCAGUACGCUGUGGCUCCUCAUCACUCUGGGGUAUACCCGGUGUAUGAUCCUUUGUUUACUUCCUGGAGAGAAGUCUGGGGAGUGAAAACCACCAGCACAGAGGAGUACCCUAAAUUAAUGCCCCCUUGGAAAAGAAGGGGCUUCAUUCACAGAGGAAUCAUGGUGCUGCCAAGACAGACCUGUGGCCUGUUUACAACAACAGUGUUCAGUUCAGACUACAAGGGCGGCCUGGCAGGUCUUGAUGCCAGCAUUCAAGGAGGAGAGAUAUUCCAGACCAUUUUAACCACACCAAUCAGCAUUUUCAUGACCCAUUUGUCCAAUUAUGGCAAUGAUCGUCUGGCUCUCUAUAUGCUGGAGAGCGUGGUGAAGUUCGUCAAAUGUUGGACAAAUCUCAGACUUGUUAGUGUCUCGCCCGUUGAACUUGGGCUCAAAUAUUUUGAGAUGUAUCCGCAGGAUAAAGAUCCUCUGUGGACAAAUCCUUGUGAUUACAGUCGUCAUAUGAGUAUAUGGCCAGCAAACAAAACUUGUGAUAAAUUACCGGAUUUCAUAAUUGUGGGUCCUCAGAAAACAGGAACCACAGCUCUUCACUCAUUCUUGUCUCAGCACCCGUCUAUUGUCAGCAGCUUUGCCAACCCAAAGACAUUCGAAGAAAUUCAGUUCUUCAAUUCCAACAAUUACUUCCAAGGCUUGGACUGGUAUAUGGAGUUCUUCCCAAGGCCCGUGAAGCCCAAUAUGACACUGUUGUUUGAGAAAAGUGCCAACUAUUUUGAAAGUGAGGUUGUGCCAAGACGAAUUGCUGCCCUCCUACCUAGAGCCAAAAUUGUGGUUAUAUUAAUGAACCCUGCAAAAAGAGCUUAUUCUUGGUAUCAGCAUAUGAGAAGUCAUAAUGACCCCACAGCUUUAAACCACACUUUCCUUGAAGUGAUCUCUGCAACAGACAUGGCCAGCCCAGGCCUGAGGUCACUGAGAAACCGUUGUCUGACCCCAGGUCUUUAUGCACAGCAUCUGCUCAGAUGGCUAGAUUUUUUCCCAGCUAAACAGAUUCACAUUGUGCACAGCGAUGAACUCCGCAAUGAUCCAAUCAAUGUGAUGCACUACCUGCAGAAGUUCCUUCAUGUGCAGCCGAUCAUAGACUACAGCCAACAUCUCAGGUUA